UUAUCUUGUUGGUUUCUGUGUUUGUGUGUGGGUAGAUAGUGUGGCUAUGGCUGUGGCUAUGUCUCUGUCUUUCGGGCUCUUGUCUUCCUCCGUUCUCCUUCCAGAGGCCCACGCUCUGAGCUUCACGAGGCCUUCGCGUUCUGCUUCUGCUUCUCCACUGCGCAUGGUGCGAACCGUUAUCUCUUGCAAGGUCUCUGAGUCCGACAAAGGAACCCGCAAAAUCCGUGGCAUCAUGAAACCCCGCGAUGUCACCCCUGAAAUGGCAGCCCUCGUCGGCGCUCAACAGAUUUCCAGAACCCAAGCCCUCAAACUCAUUUGGGCUUAUAUCAAGGCCAACAAUCUUCAGGACCCUGAAGACAAGAGGACUAUAAUUUGUGAUGAGAAGCUGAAGAAGAUAUUUGAAGAGAGAGAUCGAGUUGGUAUGCUAGAGGUUGCUCGCUUGAUUAGCCCUCACUUCCUUAAAACUGAAGUUUAAGUUUUUGUAUGAAGGUCGACCGUUAGUGUAUUCAACAGUUAUAUUUGGGAGUAUUUUGUCCUGCGACAACGUAGCUUCUUUUUUUUCUUGCACUUGAAAUGCAGAACCAGCAUUGUUGAAGAGUUCGUUUUGAUUUGUGUAGUCUCUUCAGCGAGCGUUAGUGGUUCACUAUUAGGUUUUUAUUUGACUAUUAGGUUUCUAUUUGAUAUCUUAAAUGCCAUGCUUCUAAGUUCUGCUUA